AUGCUGUCCACACUCACUGCCCUAAUCUGCCUCCAGCUAUGUUGGAGCCAGAGGAUCAACACAGAAAAACAGAAUCUCCUGAAACCCAUCAUCUGGGCCCAACCCACUACCAGGGUCACAAAAGGAACCCCUGUGUCCAUCUGGUGCCAGGGGCCUCAGAGUGCCUCUGAGUAUCAACUGUACUUUAGAGGAAACAUUUUGGCCUUGAAGAGACCAGAGUCACGUAGAUCCAGGAGCAAAGUAAACUUCUUCAUUCCACAAAUGACCUUACACACUGCAGGGGAGUACACUUGCUUCUAUCAGAGUGGGGAGCUUCAAUCAGAACCCAGUGAUCCCCUGGUUCUGGUAGUUACUGGUCUGUAUGACAUACCCAAACUCCAGGUUCACCCAGGGCACGAAGUAACCUUGGGGGAGAAUGUGACCUUCUUCUGCCAUCUGGUGGCUGGGACAAGCAAAUUCUUUCUGCUCAAGGAAGGACGAUCCAACCAUGUCCAGCAAAGAUAUGGGAACAGCCAAGCAAAGUUCCCCAUGGGCCCUAUGACCAGAGCCCACAGAGGAACAUACAGAUGCUUUGGCUCUUACAGUGACUAUACCUGGUCUUUCCCCAGUGAGCCUGUGACACUACUCAUUCCAGGUGUUGGGAACACCAGCUUUGCACCUACAGACCCUACUUCUUCUCUUGAUUAUAGGGUGUUCGACUCCACAGCUGAAGAAUCAGGAUUACAAGAGGACUCUGUCUUCUGGGAUCAUACUACCCAGAAUCUCAUUCGGAUUGGUCUGGCAUGCGUAGUCCUGAUGGCUCUAGUAUGGCUUUUGGCUGAAGACUGGCUCAACAGGAAGAAGGCUCAAGAGGGGAUCAACGAAUCAGCAACUUGGGAAGGCAGGAGGAGAAGAUGGAGAGUGCAACGUUCCCUUGAAGAGGAACAAAGGGAUGCAAUCUCUCUGAGGGAAGUGAAGGCAGCUCCUGGACCUGGGACCAUAUGA